ACUGCUAUCUAUCUGGUAUAACCACGUGUUGUGGCAGGACCGUGGUUGUAAGUAGUAACUUAUGAUCUUGUGACAGUGAUAAAUUCAAUUUGAGAGUUUUUAUGGCAUCAAUAAUAUUAGCUAGCUGCUAAAUUUGAUCGGAUUAUAAUCAUAAAGUUCAUGUAGAUGUGUACAUUUCACGAUGCUUAAAUGUCAGGAACCAACAUCUGCAUUUGCAAUGUAUGCUAUGAAACGUAAAAAUGCAGAAUUAUCAUCAAAUUCAAAGAGAUUAAAGAGAAAACACAGUCUUCCAGAAAAACGAGUAGGUUUAAAAAAUGAUGCACAUUUGAAAAUACGAAGAAAGGCAAAACAAGCACCUGUGCAUAAAAGUGAUCAAGAGAUAAAUAAGAUUCCAAGAACAAUAAAUAAAAUUCAAAAUGUAAAUGGAAAGAAUAAUCUAAUAUCUAAAAAGACUAAUUCUUUUGUGUCUUCUAAGAAAAAUAAAUCAAUUCAAAAACCAAUACAUAAAGGAGAUAAAAAAAUGGCUAUAAUUCCUAGUUCAAAGAAAAUUGAAUCAAAAAAAAAAUUAAGAAAUUCUGUUUUAAUGGUAAAAAGCGGUGUUGCAAAAAUGAAACAGAUUAAACAGAAGCAACAGAAACAAAUUAAAAGCAAAAUAUUAAUAAAAAAGAAUACUCGAAAGACUGCUUAUGCCAAUUGUAACAUAACUGAAGAAAAUCAUGAGAAUCCACUAAUAACGAGUCGCUCGAUGUUUGAAUGGUUAAUACAUCCUAUGAAAGUAGAAGAUUUUUUUGAAAAUAAUUGGGAAAAAACACCUGUCCAUGUAAAGAGAAAUUUUCAUAAGUAUUAUAAAUUGCUUAUGUCUACUCCAAUGUUGGAUAAAAUAUUAAGGGAAUCUCAUAUUUUAUUUACAAAAAAUAUUGAUAUUACCUCGUAUGAAAAUGAUGUAAGAGAAACGCAUAAUCCUGUUGGCCGUGCAAUUCCAAGCGUUGUUUGGGACUAUUAUAUGAAUGGAUGUUCUGUUAGAAUGUUAAAUCCACAAACAUACAUACCAAAGUUACAUUCCUUAAAUGCCACGCUACAAGAAUUUUUUGGCUGCUUUGUUGGUGCAAAUUCCUAUUUAACACCCCCUAAUAGCCAAGGUUUUGCUCCACAUUAUGACGAUAUUGAAGCCUUUAUAUUACAAAUUGAAGGUAAAAAGAGAUGGAGAUUGUACAAACCACGGAAUGAAAAUGAAUAUUUGCCAAGGUAUUCCUCGAAGAAUUUCUCACAAUCUGAAAUUGGUGAACCUAUAUUAGAUACAGUUGUAAAUGCAGGAGAUUUGUUAUAUUUUCCACGAGGAACGAUUCAUCAAGGUGAAACUAUUGACAAUACACAUAGUCUCCAUAUUACAUUAAGUGUUUACCAAAAAAACAGUUGGGGUGACUUUUUGGAGAAGUUACUUCCAAAUGCAUUAACAACUGCUAUAGAAGCAGAUAGUGAAUUUCGAAAGGGAUUACCUAUUGAUUACCUAAGACAAUGUGGAUUUGCAUAUUCUGAUAUUCAGAACAAUGCCAAGGAUGAGUUCAAGGAAAGAAUAAAACAUUUAUUUAAUAAAUUAAUAGAAUAUAUUGACAUAGAUAAAGCUGCAGAUUUAAUGGCAAAAAAUCAUAUUCAUGAUUGUUUACCACCUAUUAUUUCUGAAAGUGAACAGGAAUGCUCUGCUGUUCAAGAUGGCGAAAAGAUGAUUGAAAAUGGAAUUGUUGAAAACAGGGUAGAGAUAGAACCUGAUACUAGAAUUCGAUUAUUAAGGUCUCAUUGUAUAAGGUUAAUUAAAGAGGAUGAGACAUUUAGGAUAUAUUAUUCGAGUGAAAAUUCUAAAGAAUAUCACGAGUAUGAACCACAAUUUUUAGAAGUUGGUGAAGAAUUUGUACCUGCUAUACGAGAUAUGAUAUUGCGAUAUCCUGACUUUAUACGCGUAGAAGAUUUGCCAAUUGAUAGUGAAGAUAAUAAGAUACAGAUAGUUAAAGAUCUUUGGGAAAAAUGUCUUCUUGUAACAGAAAAUCCAUUAUGUAUUUUGGAAUAAUCACAUAUUUUAAAUAAUAUGUACAAAAAUCAAUAAAAAAAUAAAUACUAAAGCUCAAA